AUCCGUGUUCACAUCUUAGUUGGUGCCUAGACCGAAAGCGAGCACAUAUUUAGGACGGCUCUGCACGUGUAACCAGCAACUCCACGAAUUUCAAAAGGCAAUCAAGCCGAACGUCAAAUAUCGGAGACCAUUAUUAGCAAUUGGGGUUUUCGAUCAUGCACUGUCCAAUCCAAGCUCUUGUGCUUCAAAAGGUGCUCCGCUUACCCCAUCUAUCGGACUCUAGGAAAAUGGGCUGUGCCAACGGGAAAUCUGCCCUCACAGAGGACGACCUAGAAUUCAUUGCCACCCACACGGCCGUCACUCGCGAAGAGGUGGACGCUCAGUACGAAAGUUUCCUCCGGAAGCAUCCGGACGGGCAAAUUUCGCGGAAGGAGUUCAGUGCUCUGAUGCGUCAAUGCUAUCCCAAUGCGGACACGGACAAGCUGGAAAAGCACAUCUUCCGGAUGUACGACUCCAAUCAAGACGGCUUCAUCGACUUCCGCGAGUUCAUGAUCGUCCUGUACAUCAUGUCGAGUGGCAGCCCGGAGGAGAACCUCCACCAGAUCUUUAAAGUGUUUGAUAUUAACAACGAUGGAGCCAUCAGCAUGCGUGAGCUCAAACGUAUCGUUAAGGACCUGUUUCAUUUGCUCUCGCCCGAGGACAAUCCGGAGCAGGCCAGCAAGAGUGCCAUGGCCAGUAUGGCCUUCAAGGAGAUGGACACGAACUCGGAUGGGAAGGUCACUCGGGAGGAAUUUGUCAAGGCCAUCAUGGGCCAAGAGAAGUUCAGCUCCAAACUUGCCCUCAAGAUUGUGGACGUGUUCAUAACGGAAUAAUAUAUAUCGCUCCAUUUCUCGCCUAUUUGACUUGCCACCUCCAGAUCCUGUUAGCUUCUUCGGCACGCCCCCUCCCCCA